AUGUUGGUACAUUGUUGUUGUUUUGUAGUUAAUUUAGUACGAGGAUACACCGCUGCCCGUCUGCGGGACGCUCUAUACCAACUGUGUCAAGUUUCUUCGGUGCCUCUAAACGGAGACCUACUUCGCUACUUUUUACGCAUUCCGGACCACAGAUACCCGCGUCCACAGAGGUGAGGUGUUUUUAAUAUUUGGGAAUAGACUAUGUUUGGACAUUCCUUUCUAAAUUGCUCAAGUUACUGGCGGUGGCUGUCACCGUACUGGCGUCUACGCAGACAGGCACGCGCUCUUCGUGUAGGAUAAGUUUUGAUCCCAGUUAUGAAAGUUUGAUGUUGAUUUGUUUCUGUCGCGUGGACACGUGCUGUGUAAGAGUAACAUAACACAAUGUCCCUCCAAAUGUCCGAGAGUUGGAGACGGAAGAAAAAAAGAGGAAAAAACUCCAACAAGAGGAACUCGAAUUCCAAAAUUACGCAAAUUUUCUUUUUCUCAAAAGUUCUAAAAGAUUUACAAAAAUUUUACCUGGAUAAAAAAUUCUUUAAGUUUUAAUCUCUGCUUAUCGGGAAAAGUUUGACUUAUAUGGUUAUUUAAAAAGAAAAGAAAAGAAAGAAAUUAUUCUCGACUUUCAAGUUACGCUCACAUUUUAAAAUAGCUUUAAAUAACUUACUCUUUUAUUUGAGGUAGCUCAUAAUCAUAACUGUGUCACAAGAUAGGUUACAUAUUGUGAUUUUCCUGAAUCGGCUCUUGUUUAUUUAUAGCCUCAGAACUGCUUUUAGGGGGAAACGAAAGCGAAAAAUUCUAGUGUAAACUUUAAACGAAAAAGAAUCGCUUCACUUUUUAUAAAUUCACUUUUUCGCAUUUUUACACGAGUUUUAAUCCAGACUGCUAUAAACGCAAAAUCCCAUACCUACUUUUGACAUUGGAAACAACACGUGGUCUGCAUUUUAGACAUGUGGGACAAAGGGCACGAUGUGAAGUUGGACCACCAAGGCUGACUGGUGUGUUCAGGGGAAACAAACAGCAGGAGGAGCGCAUAUUUCCACAAAGUGUAUCAGUGCGGAAGAAAAAAUGACUUUAUCUUAUCUUUGUGUUUAUCACUGCUGCUCUAUUUUCAUUUGAAUGACAUGGACACGGUUAAGAACCCUUGUUUGGGAGGUGUACUUGGAAUUUUUGGCUGUUACCAAACAAUAACAUGGUAAUAAUGCUUAAAAAGCACCGCAUUCCUCUGUUUUGAGUUUACAUUUGGGUUUUUCAUAGACUUAUUUUGAUGAGCGUAAACUUGUGACCUCUUAAGAUCAUUUUAAUGAUUCUAUGGCAAAUAUUAGUCCUGUCACAGAUUUGUCCCUGUGAAGCUUUUUGUGAUUCAGUGUUUGUUUCUUGUGGGUGCUGCUCUCAGAAGGGGGGUAGUGGGAAUGGGUGAACUCCUCUGUCAUGGGGCUAACAUGUGGUCCAAUCACAGAGUGAUGAUGUCUUCUCUAGAUGGAGAAGUUACAGCGGCUGACUCAUUUUGCCACCACCAUAGUAUGUGACAUUGACACAGCACAUCAGGAGAAAUCCCCCUUUUAAAAAGAGGAUAUUAUUUAAUUGUCACCAGACGUAUCAGAUUUCUCUUUUUUGCCGCUCAGUGGUGAUGGUUGAAAGGAGCCCAGAAUGCAAAGCGUUUUUGUGGUGGAGUAUUGUGAAAGUGACAUAGCUGUGGUCGGUGAUGGGAUGACUCACAGGGAACACGUUUGGUAUGAUGUGUUUUUGCUCCACUCACUGGAAAAAAGAUGUCAAGCUUUGCCUUUGAGAGCGUGUGAUUUUAUCUACAGCUGAACAUGCCAAACAGAGAGAACACAGACAAACGUGUGAGCCCGCCUGCCUGUGCUGCUGCUGCUGCUGCUGCUGCCAUCCACAGAGACUCCCUGACAGCUCUGCCACCCACGGUGAUCAGCAUCCUGUCACAAACCACCUGCUUUCACCUCAUCAGAGUCAGAGAGGAGGAAGUGUCAGGUUAACAAUUGUAUUUAUUUUGAGGGAUUGUCUUCUUGGGAAUUCCUUGUAUUUGUCCUGAAUGGGGAUGACUUCCUGGUUUCAUGUCAGAGUUUGUUCUGGUCAACAUCCUGAUUUCAACAUGAUACACACAUAAUGAGUAUAAUUAUUAUUACAGUGUUUCUGUCCUCAUGACUAAGGCGAGUCUGGCUUUUUAGAGGGAGAAAACCUAAAAUAUUGUUGCUAUCUUGGAGAUUUAAGGAAACAGAAUAUGAAUCUAUUUAUUCCAUAACACACGAUUGCAGUGACAGCUAAUACAAAGUAGGACACAUAUUUUUUCCUUGCAUUCCAAACAUUUCUUAGAAACACAGCCGUCCCUGGUUUGAGGAAAAUCUUAGCUCAGACAUUCUGUGAGUUCUCCUCCCUUUCCACAAAAAAAAAAAAACUAACUUCUGGUGGUCAUGCCAACCAUUUCCAAGGUUCUCUGUUCUUUCCUUCCUCCCGUGAAACAACGGGAUUUUCCAGGAAACGUCAGAUUGGGAGGGUGUGAUUCCCUGCCGCUGGUCGUCGCUUUUACCAGUAAACAGCAUGACUCAUCGCUAAGCUAUGCUCUCCAUUUCCUUCACAUAAUAUCCCACCAAAUGUGCUGCGCUGGAGAAAGAGCAGAGUGCUGGGCGCAGCAGACUGUGGAGAAAUCUCUCCACCUUCCUGAGAAAAACGCUAGAAAAGCAGGAGCUGUCUGGGCAGAGGCUAUCAGGCUGUCUACAUUAUGCUUUACCCACUGCCGAAUUUACACCAAUUGAGAAGAAAAAACAAGAGCCCAGGCGAGCCGGCUCUGCAUAUAUCACUGCAGAAUGAGCACAUAGCUCUUUGAUAUGCUGUUUAUAGAGGAGAAAGCUGGGCCCCACAGUGACCCGCUGAAACUGAAGUGCAGCCUUGAACUUGACCAGAUGCCUGACCUAAAAAACAUAAACACAUGGCAUCAGUGAGGAAACGGUCGGCCUAUAGGUUCGUUCAACUUAAUUUGACUGAAAUAGACUCAAAUUUCCUUACAAACAGUUGUACCUACACAAAAAUCUCUGCAGAGCUCUUUGUUUUCCACCAUUAAAAAAAAAAAAACAAUCCUGAAAUUAACUAGCGCAUCUGCGGCUGUGCGUGCUCCCAAAGACGAAUAGCACAAAAAAAGAUUUUUUAAAAAUUAGUUUCUUGGAAAAUGUUGUGCCAUUCUCCUCAAAAGAGACACUUGUUAAAAGCAAGAGCCGGAAAUAUUAAUAGAGGGCAUGAAGUGGUAGUAAAUCAAGACUUCCUCUGUGACUUAUUUUACUGAUAACUGAAUUUCUGAGCAGCUAAUUGGUUUUGGGCUCAGAGUCGUCAGAGUGUCGUCAUCGUAAACAGAAUAAUAAUGUUUGAUUAGAGAGUUAGUUAAGGAAGGAGCUGUUUGUUUACAAUAUCCACAAAAAAAGAGUCGAGGACCGCUAAUUUCCACACAUGUGCACACGCUGCCUUUAAUUUGUUCAGGCAAGUAAAAAGCUGCGAGACACUUCUGAAUUCCAGACAUUUUGUGAAUUUUGAAGCUGUUGUUUUACAAGCGGGAUAGUCUGAACCCCACCCCCAGAGCUAAAGUGCAUGGCAGGACAGAUUCAGACGGAGCUUUUCCCACUGCAGUAAAGAUCUGCCUGCUUUGUGCCUGUGACCUGUGAGGGUUUGCACAUGUGUGUUCACUCAGGAAUGUGGUUUUGUUCUUUAGCCCACCAUCUGCGGCUUCUCUGUGAGUCAUUUUCCCAGACUCCUUUUCCUCGUGUUACAAAAGGCACAAAAAAAGAGCAUGUGUUGUUAUCUUAAAAAGCUAUGAUUUGUUUUAAACCUAACUUUUAGUCAAUGGGAUUCAUGUCUACUACAAAUGCUGUUUUCCUCUUUCUGCAAAUGUUGCCGUCCUGCUCAACAGAAAGCAUGCCUUCUGAGGGCUGCAAAAACAUAAACACAUGCCCAAAGAAUUUGAGGGAAACAACCUGGCCUCUUAGUUCAAGCUUGGAGGCCUCUUGUAUGAAGAGAGAAGGGCCCCACGCCACUUUUCCAUGAUCUUUGUAAGGAAUAUACCCAGGGACCCCCUCUGACGCAAUUCCACUUAAAACUAUGGUGUUUUUAGCCAACUUGCUGUCGAGGAAAGCUGUUUUGAUAGCCCUUCGUUUUUUAUCUGAAGGUUGUGUAAUCUAAAUUAUGUAAUUCUUUGUUAAAUAAACAAAAGAGAUCAGACGGAGCUGCAGAUGUUCCCUAAAUCUCUAAACAUACGUUUACGUGGCUUUGGGUUAAGCUGUCUGGUCGGUCUUUGUGUUUGUUUUUGGAAGCAGAGGUCUUUAAGGACCAUUUACCGAGAAGGAAACAACACCAGAGUACAUUCUGUUAGCGAGUGAUGUUGAGUUGAAACCAUUAUAGCCUACUGACUUCUGUUCAGUGAGUGUUGUUUGUCAUGUUGGCUGCACUUUUCCUUGUAGCCAGCAGUUCCAAAGUCCUGCAUUAGCAUUAAAGCCAUAGCAUGUGAAAAUGUGAUAAACCUCCCAAAAGGAACAGCCCCACCCAGACCCAGAGUGUUUUCAUUCCCUGUAAGCUGCAGCUAAAAGCUCUACUGAGAAUAUUUGCCCUCUUGAAGUAUCACUUAUCCCAUGCUCACCUAAAUUGUUUAGUUGGCAGAAAUUUGUGUCAGCACUGUGAGCUAAAUAUAUCCACUGGAGUUAAAUAAGGGCAUGGAGCAGCUCAGGAAAGCCCAGUGUAAGAGGAUCCAAGCAGCGAGACGGAGCCCUAAACCAACAGACUACAUUGUCUCUUAGCAAAAAUACAUCAGUGACUAUAAAGGGAAACUAUUUCUGUGUGACACUCUAUCUGCAGGAAUUUUCCACAUGCGUAUCAGGUGCCGCGUAAAGUUCAGCAUCACUGUAAAUGUUCUGCUGAUGUGAUACUCUGCUGUAACGUCUUAUGAGGAGGUAGAUUGGCUCGGCUGGUCUGUUACGCUCAGAGACAGCUGAGUGGAGGAGUUCACAUUUAACCUAUAUGAGGUCAGGCUUAAGGGAAGCGACAGGAUGAAGAGAAACAUCAUAAGCUAAAGGAAUUCAGAACACCGAGUACUUCCAAGUCGCCUGCAUGAGUUAGCGCUACUUAUUUGGGCUAUGUAUAGGCCAUGUUGCGGUUAUGAAUGAGACUUGUUUACCCUUUUGGUGACCAUGUGACUCACACUCCCACACCCAUUCACAGGGCGUUUCCAUGGUAGCUGUUGACCAUGGAAUAGUGCGCCUGUAGUCAGGCUGGACUCUAAGUCCUGAAAUGUUGCCUUGGGGGGAUGUGUGCCUCUCAGAGGAUCACAGCUCAGCGCUCUCACUUUUUUUGGUCAUGGCAGCAGUCUGAAAAGCAUGUGGAUCACUGUAGUGACCACGGAGAGGCUUUUCUCCAAACUACCCCAGCAAACUCACUCACAGCAAGAGCUACAAAGCAAACUUCUGUGCCGACAGAGGGAGCGUGAUUGCCUGUUUCUAAUCUUAACUGGUCUAGUGAACUACAUUGGUCAAGGCCCUCCUUCCCUGACAAGUCAAUACAGUGGGUGUUCAGUGGUGUGGUGCUGCCCUCUGCUGGAUGAAGGAGGACGAACAUGCAAACACAAAUAUUGACACAUGACGCAACAGAGGAAUGUUGUUGUGAUGUAUUUAAAGAAGAUUUAUGUGAGGGAGUGCCAACAUUGUGUUGCUCCCAGGAUCUGCACAACAUCAAAAUGUGCAACGGCAGCUAAAGUAUGUGCUUAUGUUACAUAAAGAUGUAUCACAUCACCACUGAAGGCACCAAAUCAGUUAUAUUUAGUAAAAUUAUGUUAGAGUUAAAAACAUUUAAUUACAUAACACAUUGUACAUAAUGAUCGUCCAUUGUGAAAUCUUAGUCCAUCCAGAAAAAAGCAGUUGAAUUGUCAAAUAAAGUAAAAUAAAAAUGAUAAAAAAUAAAAUAAAAAUAUAAAAUAAAAGUAAAAUAAAGUAAAAAGAAAAAUUCUUUAUCAGUUCAAGUAUCUCUGAAAUAUUGUUAAAGGUGGGGUAGACAGGAUCUGAGGAAGUGCCAGUUUGAAUGGAGCUGUGGAUACACUUUAGAAAUGUAUAGAAUUUGUAUAUACACCACAAAAAAGAUGCUUCUUUAAUGGAAUCCUGCCUAUCCCACCUUUAAUUGUUCGUAUUUUCCUCGAAUAUUCUGUUUACAUGUACGUUUUUUCUUUCCUUGUUUUAGUGUGUCUUCUGUGAGAUUCUGGCCAGUUGUCUGGAUGCAGGGAAUGACGACUCAUUUUAAGACGAGCAAAGCUUUAAAGGUAAAUUGAAGUAGGACAAAGUCAAUGACACACUCCUCAUCUCAUUCAUAGUGCUCUUCUUCACUCACUGGUUGUUUCCUCCUGCAGGUCAAGAGGGAGGUGGGCGAGAAUGCCCCGGCACUCAGCGAUGAUGAGUUGGUGGCCAUGUCCGUACGGGAGCUCAACCAGCACCUGCGUGGGCUAACCAAGGAGGAUGUUGUGCGAUUGAAGCAGCGUCGACGGACCCUUAAGAACCGAGGCUACGCCGCCAGCUGCCGUAUCAAACGGGUCACCCAGAAGGAGGAGCUGGAGAGACAAAAGAUAGAGCUGCAGCAGGAGGUGGACAAGCUCGCCCGCGAGAACGCCAGCAUGAGGUUGGAGCUGGACGCCCUGCGAGCAAAAUACGAGGCCUUACAGUGUUUUGCUCGGACUGUGACCCGAGGGCCCCUUUCGCCAGGCAAGGUAGCCACCACCAGCGUCAUUACCAUUGUCAAGUCGGCCAACCACAACGACUCCAGCCCAAAGCCGUUCUCAACUCCCUCCUAGUGCUGACAGGACUGGGCUUUCCAACUCCUGCCUGGUCCUUUCUGGUUCUGACCCAGCUUGAAUCCACUCAUCCUGUGCUGAGAGGACGCUCAGUAGUUAGACUGAAGGAUGGGAUGGGGUGACAAGCUCUCUGGGAUGUUAUACAGCGUUCACAACUCUAUCUCCCUCUGUGUGUCUCUCUUACACUAUCUACAUUGUCUGUGCACUGUGCAAAACCUCUUCUCCCUGAUUCCCAGCACCCGCAGGGUAUCAGACCUCUGUGACCCCUUCACUUUGACUGAUAGAAAAAAGAUUUGCUUUUACUCCAGUGUGAAAAGUAUCAAACAUGCCAUACUAUAGCAGCACUGGCCAAGGACAGCACGCACACUUGAUGCAACAAAGCGUAAAGUUUGAGACUUAAAUAGUGACCGUAAAGUUUUAGUCGAAACCUAUGCCAAAUUUAAAGAUGUGUGGAGGUGUCUGAGUGUAAAGUGAGCCGUUGAAGCUGUUGCCUUAAAAGUAUAAAUUAUCAAACCCUUACACAUAUUGUUACACAAAGAGGAUUUUCUGUUCCAGCUUUGAGGUCAGGUAGUUACCUCUCAGUCGCCAAAACAACAGAUGUUUUCAUCCAUUAGUAUCUCUCCUGUUUUAAGGGUGCUUAGCAGGAAGAUCUCCUCAUGUAGUGUUUGGUUGGAGUGAAAAGCUGCUAACACAUGGCUGUCUAUGACCCACUUAGAAAGCUCUGCAUUAUGCAGUUUGGUGACUGACCAAUGCUUGAGGGAUAAACUCAUGAUUGGUGGUUAUUCAUGUUUCCUCUUUGGUUAUGCAAAGUUUUACUCUGUGGUCAGUUAUGCCAAAUAGCUUGUGUAUUUUGAAAGAGGUGCUGGAGGGGAUGGUAGUCUGUGCGCUUCAGUAAGGGCUUUCAUACUUGAGCUGAUGCCUGUUUCAUUUAGAAGUUUUGAGGUCACAUUUGUGUUUGAAGUUUAAUGCUCACCCAUUAGGUCAGGGUUAUUAUUAUCGCCUUUGCUGGACUAUAUUCACAAAGCAGUCAUUGUCCUCUGACAUUAGCCUACGCUCAGGAAGCUCAAAUGCUGUUAAUGUGUCACAAAGAUGCACGAGGUUUACAAGCCAUUUAAUCUCCAAGAAAACAGUCUGAGCGGUAUCAUUUCAUCAAGUUUUGGUUGAUCAGCAACUGGAGAGACAAUUAGCUUGCAACCAAUUCUUGGCAAUCAGUAUUGUCAAAUUCAUUAGCCAGAAAUUGACACCUCUAUUAGAGUAUGAACAGUGGCUGAAUGCUAAUAUAAGCUGCCAUCUAAAUAUACGCCCACAUGUCCCCUGUUAGAUUUUUGGACCACAUAUUGUCAAUCCAGUUUCUACAAAAGAUGAUUAGGGCCACAUGAAGAGAAAAAAAAUAUUACAAGAAGUUGAUUAAGUCGAAAUUUUGAGAUUGAAAAAAUUGAAAUUUCAAAAUUAAAGAUGAAAUUUUGGGAUUACAAAAUGUCAAAAUGUGAAUAAUGUCAAAAUUUCGAGAUAAAAAAAAAAUUAUCAAUUUUGAGGUUCAUAUUUAACCUUAAAUUUUGACUUUUUAAAAUUUCGACUUCAAUCUUAAAAUUUCGACUUUAAUGUCAAAAUGGAAAAUUAAAAAAAAAUCUCCCUCCUGUCAUUAUUUUUUUCUCUUCUUGUGGACCUAAUUCUCUUUCGUAAGUCUCUGAUCAAUCAGGAAAUAGUGAUGAUGAUAUUUUUUCAGGUUCCCUCCCUUUAUGAGGAGCCUCAGAGUAUGUCCACAGCAGUGUGGCAUUAUAAAACCCCCUUGCCCUUAGCCUACAGCAGAGGAAAUGGCUGUGGUGAUAUGGUUGAUUAGACCCUUAGGAAGUCUUUUAUGAUAAGAUGUCCAUUUGUGCCUUAUCUCUAUUAUUUACAUUUUACAGCUCAUCUGUUGAACCCUUAUCAUGUUGUAGUAUUAGAGCUAAAAGAUCACUUUAUUUGUCAGUGCGGCUGAAGAUUGAUGUGAACAGUCAGCAAUGGGCGGCUUUAACAAUUUCCCCUUCGAUUAUGAAAAAAUGCAAGAUGUGAGCACUUGUUUUUCACAGAUAGAGAUGUCUCUGCAAUAAAAAGGCAGAUUGAGAAAGAUUUGGAUUUAAAAUUGGAAAGUAGUAAUGGAGCUUUAAUAAUGGACUUGAUUUGUUUGGAUUCAGAGGACAUGAUGUUGCCUUGUGCCUAUUGUUUAUUAGCACUUAAAAAAUUUAACUGUACGGAUACAGUAUAAAAGAAAACAGUUCACAGGACAGUUGAUUCCUAGAAUUGGAAAGAGGUCACAGAUUGAAACCCUACUUGCAUCUCUGAAGUUAUAGAGGUUUAAACUGCAUGAUUAUUGAAUGUGGUGUGACCACCUAGUGUGAGUUUAGCCUUAUAUAACAGAGGAUAGUAUCUGCUACAGCACUGAUUGGGUUUUGUUUUGCCUCUUCUUUAUGUGCCACUCUUCGGUAGGUAAUCCAUAUUGGAUUUAGUGAUAAUGAGAGAGGUCUUUACAAGUGAAAUGCAAUCCAACUUACUUCCUGUAUAUUACAGAAUACUGACACAUUAAUGCUCCCACUGCCUCCGUCGUCACUUUACAUUAAUAACUCCGUCCAAAUAGAAAUCAUUCCUACUGCUGGGUCACUAAAAGUGCUGCUGCUGGUGUUGGUAACUCUGAAACAGUAGCUAUUUACUUUGCUUUUGACACACUCUUCUGCAAGAGAACUCCUGACGCCUAUCUCUAAAAAGAAAAAACGGUGUCAUGAAAACUAAAUGCAGUAAACACCUUCCUCCUGUUGUUCGUUUUGAUAUAUAUUUAAAUGCAAAUUUCACUUGAAAUCAAGCCGUUCUUAUGGAGGAUCCAUUCCUUAUUUGGAGUGAAGUCAGUAGAGAUUAUUCAUGUCAGGAUUUUCUCUUGGCUAAGAGGACAUGACUGUUCUUCCCCUGUUCCAUAGCUGCAAAGAACAGUAUGGGGAACUUUGCUGCUGUACAACCUGCUGUGAUAUGAAGCAGGGGCAUUGCUGUGUUCUUACUCUCAUUUUAUAUUCUCAAUUGGUUUCUUUGUUGAUACAUCCUAUGUUUUUUUUUCCUGAUACUUAGUUUUAUAUACAUAUUCAAUAUAUAAAUAUAUAAAUAUAUAAAUAUAUAUUACAUAUUUUUCUAUAUUUAUGUCUUUUGCUAUCCUGGGAGUGGUGUGAUUAUGUAAUCAUCCUUUGAAGUCUAAUUACGUUGAUAUUGACCUUUUCAUAUGAAAAAGGUGUAUUCACACACACAAUGAGAAAACUAUUCGGUUGACACAAGUCCUGAAUUUGCCUAUUUAUACUCUAUGAAUAGUUCUUCUCAGCACAGUUGAGAUUUUCUUUAUUCACACAUUGGACAGUCCAUGACUAGUGUUACAUACAUGCUGCAGCUUAUUAUCUGCAACAGUCCAGAUAUAUAUAUCUGACCACAGAUUCAUACGGUUAAAAAGUGUAUCUGACACAUUUUAUUGAGGUUAUAAUUGAGCAGUGUCAGAACAAACACUAUGUAUCAGAUGUAAAGGCAACUCCCACCCUUAAUUAUAUAUUGAGAACAGACGCAAACACAUGGGCUUAUGGGUCUGAUAAGAUCAGAUGUAAAGCUGUAUUGGCCGGAUUUUUACAAUUUGGCAACGACCUAAAUGACCUUAUAAAUAAAUUAUAAUCGUUAAUUAAUCUUGUUUGGGUUUUUCACAGUUCCCCCUCAGUUAUUCUGUUAUAUUGACAUUUUAAAAACUUGAUCUGCUUUUUUUAAAAAAGACAAAUUGAAACAGCAGUUUCAUGUAAUGACUUAAUGAUUCAAGCUUGUCAGGAAAUAUUGCAAAAGCUGCGAAAAGCAGUCCAUUCAGACCUCUUUUGUGUUCCUCACUUAGUCAGGAGAAUACACACACACAUACACACACACACGUACUAAAUGUUUACAAAAGUCAUGUUUUUGGAAUUCAUCACAGGACAACUGCUUUAAGCUUUUCCCUGAUAAGCCUCACAAUGACCUAUUGUGGUAGUUUUCAAACAAAAUGCUGUAAAAUUAACCAUAGUUUAACUUGAGCACUUAUUACUGUAUUUGACCAUACUUUAAUUAAAGUGAUUCAAAUAUAUAUUUCCUGACUGUGGCGUGAAGAAGACAAACCUCUCUCCAGGUGAACUAAGUACUUUGUUGUGAGUCCCACAUCCAGUAUGACCAAGCUAAGUCCAGCCAUGCUGUCACACAUGUUGCUCUUAAGACUGUGUACCACAAGCAAACAUUGGUUAGACAUAAUUUAUAGUCUGAUAAGCCACUUUGUUUAUUUAAGUUGUGGUAGGAUUAUAAAAAUAGAUAGUUAAUGGGUAAGCUGGGGCAAACCCAUUACCUGCCACAGAUGUUUACCAGACUUUGCCCGGUCAGCCGCUGAAGUGACCGAAGCUGGACACACUGACGAGCUGUAAUGAAACUGUUCAAGAUUUCCGAGGUUAUUAACAUUUUUCAUGUUAGGAUUCAUAAUGUUUGAGAGGAUUUAUAGAGAUGGAAGAGCAAGAAUAUGUUGAUGAGGUAGUCAAGGUUCAUUGGAUUAAAAAUUUAUUUCUGAACACUUCUCUGAUUGAAUAAGCUUUUCACAAAUUAGCUUUGCCAGUUCUACAAGCUACAGUAUUUAAUAAGAGCAGAGCUAGAGACUGUUGUUAGCUUUGUAGAUUGAGGAAGUUUGGACUACAAAUUCAGUAAAGCUCUGUAAUAGAAGGACUAAAGCAUGUGUAUCGAUGAUGUGGUCUUGGGGUAAAUACAGUAUAUUUCAAGUUAGUUUAAUAACGACUGUGGAUUCAAUGUUAUAAUGAUAUCCUGGUUUUAGUCUUGUGGUAACAUGUUGAGGCUUAAUGAGUAACUGUCAACAGUGACUUUAAACAAGGGCAGUAAUAAGGCAGCAUAAAAUGAUCAUGUGCCCUUCACAAACUUGUCAUUAGUCUGCUCAUAUAUAUUUUAUAUUUAUUUCUUUGAAAUGUGUAAUUUUAUUAAAAAAAACACCUAAAUUAUUUUUACAUUCAUUUAUUUACAUGUUUUCUCAAUGAACUACUCUCAUGUACAAAUAAAAUCUGUAUUUGUUUUCUGAUCUGAUUUUAAGUAUGGUAAAUUAUUUCUAUAAAAUAGGUCUGCUGUGUCUGUUUUUGUACUUUCAAAUAAAGCUUUUUCCUUGUUGAGAAUAUGUGUGAAUUCACUCAUUCAACAAAUUCAGGGUGGACGAGCCAAACAAUGGUUUAAUAUUGCACAAAACCACACAGAACUAUGACACACAAGUCGACUAUGAGUGUAUAGUUUCAAGUAAAAGUGUACCCGGCUGUUAAUGACUUUCAGCUUUCCCUCAAAGACAGCUAUCAUUGGCACCAGUGUAUUAUUACUGUUAUAAAAAAAACCUGGCUUGAUGAACAAAUUUGAUCAACUCCCACACUGCAUUAUAAAAAGCUUUAAUAUUUCCAAAUAAAACUGUUUAAAAAGAAAAAGUCCCUUGACUCACAUUUUUUUUUCAGUUUCUCUUCGCUCUUAUAAAAUGCUGGUUUUGCUUUACUUAAGCCUGAAUCACACACUUUAACUCAUCGUUAUAUUUAAUAGUUAAAACUUUUUACACUCAUAUACACAAACAGAGAAAGAAAUAAUCCGAAUUUACACAAAUCAAAUUCUGUACAUUUCUCAUAAUCCUGGAAUCAUAUCAGGAAUAGUGCUGUGAACAUGUCACACAUUUAAAGGUUCUGCAAAAAGCAUUGCGAGCAGUGCAGAAGCUCCAAUACAACUUAUUCUUAGUGGUUGCACAGAAUUAUACACUUUUGCUCACUGGGAAGAAGAAUAUGAAUACCUAAACUCCCACUCUGUAGGAGGCAGGAUUAUCCAAUUUGUCCAUAGAUUCAAAGGAUUGUGAAGUGCUACAGUGUGCAGUUUGAAGAGCCUGCUCCAAAACGAGUGCGUCUUUGAAAAAAUCUCUCCAUUUGUCAGGAAACCAUGCAGAGGAAUGCUCAGCAAAUACUUCAAACUAGCAUACGCGAGACAAAGUCCAUGAAGUGUCAUUCCCAGCCAUCACUAGCUUCCCUGCUUCCCACCUGGAGUCACGUAUUAAUCAUCUCCUCUUUGAAACCGUCAAGAAUCAGAGGGAGCACACUUCAGACAGCUGGAGAACAAGCUCAGACAAAAUGACAGAGACAGAAUAAGGAUCAGGGACACUGCUUAACAACCAGCAGCUUGAUGUAUAGAUAAAAAAGUGGAGUUUUGGACUUCUCUGAUACAGUGAAGGUGACAUGUUUUUUCUGAGAUUUUUCCUGCUGAGCUGAGGUGGAGCACUUCUCUGGUCACUGAGCUAUAAAUUUUAAAGUUAGUAUUAAUUUCAUUUUUCUCUCGGUGCUUAAAUUAUUCAUUAAGCUGGGACAGAAUAAGUGGUCCAUUUUUAAUACUGGGAUAAUGAAAAUUAAACACCUUGAUUCAAUCCAGCUCUGUGGGAAAUACGACACAGCUGUUUCCACAGGGGGUCAAGGAUAGGAAGGCCAGGACUUAAACACCUGGAUCUUGCUGGAAACACGCCUAGAACUCAUCAUCGGAGGUGAUCAGCAUGAUUUUGUCAGACUUGCGGGAGCCCUUGUUGCCUGUGGCCACUUUUCCAUUGGAGCUGGGUUGGACCACCUCCUGGGUGGACUGCUGGGUGUACUGCUGGUAGGCUGGAGAGAAGUUGUGAAUGGCAUCUUGCACCAUGUCCCCUGGGUUUAUGGUCUCCUUAAGACCACUGGAGAUGCUCUGCAUGGGAGGGAUGUUCUCUGUGAGUAAAACAUAGAGGACAAGAGGGGAUUAAUGACAUGAGAUAGUGCACUAGAAAUAAUCUAAUUUGAAUGUUAUUGUCAUUAUCUAUACAGCUGUUUCAUGAUAUCUCUAGACCAAACUGGCAGCUAGAUCCUGCAUAUAUACGAGGAUGGGAGAAUUUUUGUCUUAUUCAUUCUUAAGCAAAAAAAAUAAAAUAAAAGAUUUAAUUUUGUGCACACGCGUUAUCAUGUGUGCAAAAGACAUGCAAAAGUUAUUUAUGUUGUGCAUAAAGACUAUCUGCCUCUUCAAAUGCAGCAGUUAUAAUGAAUCCAUUCCAUGUCCAUUGUCACUAAAUGAGAUUUGCCUGUGACUGUCUUUUUCAUGACUGUGCUGCCGAUACUGUUCGUUAUGUACUUCAAUAAAAAAAUAAUAAUGCAUCAGAUUCUGUAGCGCUCUAUCAGUGACCCUCAA